CGCGGCGGCCAGUUCGCGCGGGAGCGGGGCGCCUAGGCCCCUGGGCUGCAGGUCGCUGGGAACGGAAGCCGCCGCGGGACGGCGAGGAAGCCAGGAUGGCGACCCCAAGCAGGAAAACAGCGAAUCCGAGCCCCCUGGCUUCCAAGAGGGCUUUCCCGAGAGAUCCUUCCUCGGAGGUCCCGAGCAAGAGAAAGAAUUUGGCCCCGCCACCGUCGUCGCUGCUGCAGUCGUCCGGGCCUUUUGUGGAGGGCUCUAUAGUCCGCAUCGCGAUGGAGAACUUCCUAACAUAUGAUAUCUGUGAAGUAACUCCUGGACCUCACUUGAAUAUGAUUAUUGGAGCCAAUGGAACAGGGAAGUCAAGCAUCGUGUGUGCCAUUUGCCUUGGAUUAGCUGGCAAACCUGCUUUCAUGGGACGGGCAGAUAAGGUUGGGUUUUUUGUGAAGAGAGGAUGUUCAAAAGGCAUGGUUGAAAUUGAAUUGUUCAGGACUUCUGGAAAUCUUAUAAUCACCCGUGAGAUUGAUGUGGCAAAAAAUCAGUCCUUUUGGUUCAUCAACAAAAAAUCUACAACCCAGAAAGUGGUUGAAGAACAAGUUGCAGCCUUAAAUAUUCAAGUGGGCAAUCUUUGCCAGUUUCUACCUCAGGACAAAGUAGGAGAAUUUGCAAAACUCAGCAAAAUAGAACUGCUUGAAGCUACUGAGAAGUCAAUUGGUCCUCCAGAAAUGCACAGGUAUCACUGUGAACUCAAAAACUUCAGGGAGAAAGAAAAACAGCUGGAGACUUCUUGCAAAGAAAAAACUGAAUAUCUAGAGAAAAUGGUUCAGAGGAAUGAAAGAUACAAACAAGAUGUCGAGAGGUUCUAUGAAAGGAAACGACACUUAGAUUUAAUUGAGAUGCUUGAAGCAAAACGGCCAUGGGUGGAAUAUGAAAAUGUUCGUCAGGAAUAUGAAGAAGUAAAACUAGUCCGUGACCAAAUGAAGGAAGAGGUCAGAAAACUUAAAGAAGGGCAGAUUCCUAUGACACGUCGGAUUGAGGAAAUUGAAAGGCAACGCCAUAAUUUGGAGGCUCUAAUCAAAGAAAAGGCAACAGACAUUAAAGAGACAUCUCAAAAAUGCAAACAGAAACAAGAUGUUAUAGAAAGGAAAGAUAAACAUAUUGAGGAACUUCAGCAGGCUCUAACAGUAAAACAAAAUGAAGAACAAGACAGACAGAGGAGAAUAAGUAAUACCCGCAAAAUGAUAGAGGAUUUGCAAAAUGAAUUAAAGACCACAGAAAACUGUGAGAAUCUUCAGCCUCAGAUUGAUGCCAUUACAAAUGAUCUGAGACGAGUUCAAGAUGAAAAGACAUUAUGUGAAGGCGAGAUAAUUGAUAAACGAAGAGAGAAGGAAACUCUAGAGAAAGAGAAAAAGAAUGUGGAUGACCAUAUUCAACGUUUUGACAAUCUUAUGAAUCAAAAGGAAGAUAAGCUGAGACAGAGGUACCGGGACACUUAUGAUGCUGUUUUGUGGCUAAGAAAUAACAGAGACAAAUUUAAGCAAAGAGUUUGUGAGCCUAUAAUGCUUACGAUCAAUAUGAAAGACAAUAAAAAUGCCAAAUAUAUUGAAAAUCAUAUUCCAUCAAAUGACUUGAGAGCCUUUGUGUUUGAAAGUCAAGAAGAUAUGGAGGUUUUCCUCAGAGAGGUUCGUGACAAUAAAAAGUUAAGAGUAAAUGCUGUUAUUGCUCCCAAGAGUUCAUAUGCAGACAAAGCACCUUCAAGGUCUCUGAAUGAACUAAAACAAUAUGGAUUUUUCUCCUAUUUGCGAGAGUUAUUUGAUGCACCUGAUCCUGUAAUGAGUUACCUUUGUUGCCAGUAUCAUAUUCAUGAAGUUCCUGUGGGAACUGAAAGAACCAGGGAAAGAAUUGAACGGGUAAUACAAGAAACUCGAUUAAAACAAAUUUAUACAGCAGAAGAAAAGUAUGUGGUGAAAACUUCUUUUUAUUCAAACAAAGUUAUUUCUAGUAACACAUCCCUGAAAGUAGCCCAGUUUCUCACAGUCACAGUGGAUCUAGAACAAAGAAGACACUUGGAAGAACAGCUAAAGGAAAUUAAAAGGAAAUUACACGCUGUGGAUUUAGGAUUAAAUGCCUUACUUGAGACAAACAGGCAUCUAGAACACAAAGACAAUGAACUGAGACAAAAGAAGAAGGAGCUUCUUGAAAGAAAAACAAAAAAGAGACAACUGGAACAAAAAAUUAGUUCCAAACUAGGAAGUUUAAAACUGAUGGAACAGGAUACUUGUAACCUUGAAGAGGAAGAGCGAAAAGCAACUACCAAAAUCAAAGAAAUAAACAUUCAGAAAGCAAAACUUGUUACUGAAUUAACAAACCUAGUAAAGAUUUGUACUACUUUGCACAUAGAAAAAGUAGACUUAAUUCUUCAGAAUACUACCGUAAUUUCAGAAAAGAACAAAUUAGAAUCAGAUUAUAUGGCUGCGUCAUCACAACUACGCAUCACAGAGCAACGUUUCAUUGAGUUGGAUGAAAAUAGACAAAGAUUAUUGCAGAAAUGCAAGGAACUUAUGAAGAGAGCUAGGCAAGUAUGUAAUCUUGGUGCAGAGCAGACUGUUCCUCAAGAAUAUCAGACACAAGUACCCACCAUUCCAAAUGGACACAACUCCUCACCCCCCAUGGCUUUCCAAGAUCUUCCAAACACAUUGGAUGAAAUUGAUGCUCUAUUAACUGAAGAAAGAUCAAGAGCUUCCUGCUUCACAGGACUGAAUCCUACAGUGGUUGAGGAAUACACAAAAAGAGAAGAAGAAAUUGAACAGUUAACUGAGGAACUAAAGGGAAAGAAAGUUGAACUAGAUAAAUAUAGGGAAAACAUUUCACAGGUAAAAGAAAGGUGGCUUAAUCCCUUAAAAGAGCUGGUAGAAAAAAUUAAUGAAAAAUUCAGCAAUUUUUUUAGUUCCAUGCAGUGUGCUGGUGAAGUUGAUCUCCAUACAGAAAAUGAGGAAGACUAUGAUAAAUAUGGAAUUCGAAUUAGAGUCAAAUUUCGCAGUAGUACUCAACUGCAUGAAUUGACUCCUCACCAUCAAAGUGGAGGCGAAAGAAGUGUUUCCACCAUGUUAUACUUGAUGGCCCUUCAGGAGCUUAACAGAUGUCCAUUCAGAGUAGUUGAUGAAAUCAAUCAGGGAAUGGACCCAAUCAACGAAAGGAGAGUGUUUGAAAUGGUUGUAAACACUGCCUGUAAAGAAAACACAUCUCAGUACUUCUUUAUUACACCAAAGCUCCUGCAAAAUCUUCCUUAUUCUGAAAAGAUGACAGUAUUAUUUGUCUACAAUGGUCCUCAUAUGCUGGAACCAAACAGAUGGAAUUUAAAGGCUUUCCAAAGGCGGCGGCGCCGUAUUACAUUCACUCAACCUUCUCAGUAGAAGCAAAGGGAGGGAACUUGGAAGUUUUUCUGUUAGAUUCUGUUUAUAAAUGUGGCUCAUCUGAAUAAAAGUUAGUAGAUU